AGACAAACAAAACCAAUAAGGUUUCGUCGUUACCCACUACCCCUUUGUUUCAUUUCAUUACAAAACACAACAUACACAUCAUCCAUUUCAUAAGAUCAUUACAACAUCUCUUUGAAUCCUUCUUUUAAGUUUUCGUUACAUCGAUCAAAAGAUCUCAAAAUAAUGGGAGCGUACAGAGCCGACGAUGACUACGAUUACCUCUUCAAACUAGUCUUGAUCGGAGACUCCGGCGUCGGGAAAUCAAACCUUUUGUCUCGAUUCACAAGAAACGAGUUCAGCAUCGAGUCAAAGUCAACCAUCGGUGUAGAGUUCGCCACAAGAAGCGUUCAUGUCGACGAGAAAAUCAUCAAAGCUCAGCUUUGGGACACCGCCGGUCAAGAAAGAUACAGAGCAAUCACGAGUGCAUACUACAGAGGAGCAGUAGGGGCGCUUCUAGUAUACGACAUAACUCGACACGUAACGUUCGAGAACGUUGAACGAUGGCUCAAGGAGCUUCGUGACCAUACAGAUGCCAACGUUGUGAUCAUGCUUGUUGGAAACAAAGCUGAUCUUCGCCAUCUUCGUGCGGUUCCCACAGACGAAGCUAGAGCGUUCUCUGAGAGAGAGAACAUGUUUUUCAUGGAGACUUCUGCUCUUGAUGCUACAAAUGUUGAGCAAGCUUUUACUCAUGUAUUGACUCAGAUCUAUCGUGUAAUGAGCCGUAAAGCUCUUGAUGGUACUGGAGAUCCCAUGUCUUUACCUAAAGGACAGACCAUUGAUAUCGGAAACAAGGAUGAUGUUACUGCUGUUAAAUCCUCUGGCUGUUGCUCAGGUUGAGAUUAUUAAUUUGGUCUUGUUUUUUUUUUUUGUAAACUGUCUUUUUUUGGAAGGAGGUUUUUGGUUUUGGAAUUUGGAUUUGUUGUAUCUGACUUUAUUUUUUGGAGGGGCUUCAAUUUUUUUAAGGUUAUCAGACCGGUUUGGUUUUACAAUACAAACCGAAUUUGUAUCAAAUUGGACAAGACUUGGUCAGGUUAAUAAGGACGUUUUAGACGUGAUUGGAUGGACAUUACAACCGAACCGCUCACAUUACGUAGAGUUUAGUUUUUAUAGA